AUGACAAUAUCUAGUCCACAUGUCCGUCAUUAUAAAGCUUCAUUAGCUAGACGUAAACUUCUUCAAAUGCCAUUGGCAUGUAUAGGAGUUGGUAGGACGGAACAGGGGACUUACUGCUUGUAUCUUGUUGAAAAGCAAAACCUAGUUGAUUAUUCCAUUUUCCAAACACUUUUAGAAAAAGCUACUUUAAAGCCAGGGGUAAAAGAGAUGAGCAUAUCAAAAGAAGAGAUGAGUAACAUUUUUUACUUUGCUGAAACAGAAUCGCAAAGGGAACUGUUGAAGUAUGUUGUUGUUAAGGCUACUGGACUUUCCAAUACGAAGGCAAAAUCUUUUUAUGGACUCAGUAAUGUAAAAGAGAGAAAAGAAAAAGUUGAAAAUGCUCUGGAAAAAGCAAUUUCAAUAAGACAGUCUAUUGAAAAGAUAAGCUCGUCUUAAGACAGAGCCCUACUUUCCUCUUUUGACAUUGAUUGUGCUAGUGAUUGCAGCACCAGUAGUGAAAGUGAAAGCGAUAGUGACAAUGACAGUGCCAUUCAGGAAGAACCAAGUCAAUCUAGUCCAGAUAAGAUAACAGAACCUGUUGUGACAGAUGAUGGGAUUAAUCCUGAUUUCCUUACACUGAAUGCUAAGAAUAAUCACAUGUUAGAUGUUAAUCAAGUCCUAUGUAUUCUUAAGGAGUGUACUUUUAACUGGUUUGAGCUGGUUAGCCAGCUUGAAUCAAGGUUAAAUGUUUCUGACGAUUUGGUUAGCAAUGUUCUUGACGAACUUGGAAAUCAGCUUACAUCUAAUAAUUUGGGAUUAAGUGAGAUGGACCAAAAGAUUGCAGAACAAUCAUGGCAAGCAUAUUCACUCAUGAAAACGUAUAGUGAGAGUUCUUGUAGUGAUGAUUCAAUUGUGUCGGAUUCUGAUGAGAGCGAGAACGAAAUGUGGCAAAAAGGAAUAGAUGAUGUUCUGAGUGCUGAUGGUAAAGAAAUGAUAAAGAAGCGUAAAGAGGCAUUAAAGCAAAAAGCUGUACGUGAGACAAAACGAAGGAUUAUGGAGGAAAGGUUUCUUAAAAGAAGGAGGAGCAAAAAAGUAUUGCGAAUAUUGACCCAGUGUCCGGAUAUUGGGUAA